UACAAGUAUCUGAAUCUGAAUCAACAAUCGUUCAAGGUUCUACUUAUUUACCUUCGAUCGUAUCUUACUUGACAGCGGUAACUUCACUCUCAUUCUAAAAUUUAAGACUUCACUGUCAAAAUUAUAUUGAUCUGGAGCUGAUUUUCUUUGAUUGAACAUGGCCUCUCUAUUUCUUAAUACUACUCGAUCUUUUUCCUCUACCUCUGCAAAACUAGCUUUAAAAAAUGUUACUGUUAUAGGUGGAGGCCUUAUGGGUUCUGGUAUCGCCCAAGUAGCAGCCCAAACUGGACACAAUGUUACUUUGGUAGAUGUUUCAGAUAAGGUACUACAAAAAUCAACCUCAAGCAUACAAAAAAGUUUAGAGAGAUUGGCUAAAAAAAAAUUUCCAGAUCCUCAACAAAAGGAAAAGUUUGUGACUGAAACAUUACAGAGAAUAAAGACUAAUACAGUAGCUGAAGAUGCAGUAAAAGAUACAGAUAUUGUAGUGGAAGCCAUUAUUGAAAAUAUGGAAAUAAAACACAAAUUAUUUAAGUCACUAGAUAAAGCAGCUCCUCCAUCAACUAUUUUUGCUAGUAAUACCUCCUCAUUGUCAAUUAGUGAAAUUGCAAGUGUUACCGAUCGAAAAGAUAGAUUUGGUGGUUUACAUUUUUUUAAUCCUGUUCCUAUGAUGAAACUCUUAGAGGUUAUUAAAACUUCUGAAACAUCUGAUGAAACAUACAAUACAAUGAUGGAAUUUGGUAAAAAAUUGGAAAAAACCACCAUAACUUGCAAGGACACUCCUGGAUUUGUUGUGAAUAGACUCUUAGUUCCUUACCAGGGAGAAGCUAUCAGAAUGUUAGAGCGAGGUGAUGCUACUGCUCAAGAUAUAGACAUUGCUAUGAAAUUAGGUUCUGGAUAUCCAAUGGGUCCCUUCGAGCUAUUAGAUUAUGUUGGUCUUGAUACCGUCAAAUUUAUUCUUGAUGGAUGGCAUGAAAAAUUCCCUGAUAAUCCUCUGUUUGCUCCAUCUGAACUUUUGAAUAAAUUAGUAUCUGAAGGUAAAUUGGGCAGAAAAUCUGGCGAGGGAAUUUACAAGUAUAAUUAGAUGUCAUGAAAUUAAGACAUACUUAAGUGAUGUUUUAUACUUAAGUGAAGAUAUACUUAAAUAGAGAUAUACUAAAGAAAUAUACGUAAUAUAUAAUCACUUACUGAAUUGUUACUAUCACAUGAUUUAUCAAUUCAUGUGUAAUGAAUUGAAUGUAAAUGCUAAAAACUGUUUAAAUGAAGCAAUACGAAAUUUGAAUAUCUUUUUAGAAGUUCAAAUAAUUGUUAAUUCAUAAAUACUUAUUUAAAUGUUAUGUUUCCCAGCAUUUGUUAAUUUCAUAAAAGAAUUAAUGAAUUUAUACAUUUUUAUAAUUUGUACAAGUGCCUUUUACUAAUAAAAUAUUUUUAUAAACUUUGCUAU